GAGGCGUCCGACGUUCGCCUCGGAGCUCUCUCGGUUUGUUUGUUUAUUUAUUUUUUUAUUUUUUUUUUUUUUUUACAUUUUUUCCCCCGCCGCCAAAAAAUAAGUUUAAAUAAUUUCAAGAAAUAAAUUAAAAAUUUAAACGAUUCAAAAACCGUUCGAUCGCCAUACAGGAAACAAAAAUAUUUCGACUAUUGUUUUACGCUUGUGAUAUCAUAACGUUAAUAUUAGUACUGAUAACUUAAUAAAAUUAUAGAAAAUUUACCGCCGGCGCGCGGGCGUGUGUGAGUGUUUUUUUUUUUAAACGCGGCUUGCACAAAGAAGUAUAUACAGGUAAGUCGGCCGGGGUAUAUCGAUAAAUAUAUACCAUACAUGCGAUAACUUCGUAUAGUCGUCGUCCAACACCUACACACAUACACAUCGCGAUGUGAUGAUGACGACAGUGAAACAAAAAGCGCCAUUAUAACUUUAAACGUGGUGGUUCGGUGGCGAGCCGGGCCGGGGCCAUGGACAGGGCCGACCGCCUAGCCCGGAGCUUGGAGUUGGAGAAGGCCUACGUGCACGACACUUACCAGGAGAUGUACCAUCCCACGCAUAAGACCAAACCGUGGCCGAAGGUGACGCAGUUCCUGCACGACUUGGAGCCCGGAUCACUCGUGUGCGACAUCGGUUGUGGUACAGGAAAAUAUUUAUCGACCAACCCACAUGUGUUCAAAGUAGGCGUUGAUCGUUGCCUAAGGUUAACUGAAAUAGCUAGAAGUCAAGACAGUGAAGUAUUGGUGUGUGACAAUCUAACCUUGCCAUUCAAAGACUGUAGUUUAGAUGCGGUAUUAUCUAUAGCUGUUAUUCAUCAUUUUUCAACAACAGAAAGACGUGUGUGUGCUUUACGAGAACUAGCUAGGGUACUUAGAAUUGGUGGUCGUAUAAUAAUUACAGUGUGGGCCAUGGAACGACGCCAUAGAAAAUUUGAAUCUCAAGAUGUUCUAAUGCCCUGGCACAAGCCCUGUAGAAAUUUAGACAGUGAAUCGACAGAAUUUUCUACAACCACAACUACGUCUGAUGAAGAAUACAUUAGCACGAGAAAAAAAUCUAAUUCCGAUUCAACAACGAGUAUCCAAAUGUGCUGUGAAAGAAAAAAUAAGCGUAAGGAACAAUCAAAUUGGAGAAAAGGAAUAACGAGUUCCCCGAGUAGUUCUAGUUUAUCGAGUCCAGGGACUGAAACUUGCUAUAGUUUUGUUCGUAAAGCAAUACAGAAGCUUGCCGGUUCAACUAAGCGAGGUAAAGUAACAUCAAAACCUUGGUUUGUUAGUUCUUGGUCAUCACUUUAUGGUACUGAAUUACCGUCAGUGCUGCGUUCAGAUCCUGAAGGAUGUGAGACUUGCAACGAAGACGUACUAAAUGUUCCCAUAGAACUUAGACGAAUGGAAGAUACACCAGACUCAACAACACUAUUCAAUCGAACCUCUACGCACAAAUCUAAGAGUUUAAGCGAUAUAAAAAACACUGCGGAAAAACGGAUGGUAAGAUCGAGGUCAAGUAUACCGGAAUUGGAAAAAUCAAUGCCAUUAGCGCAUUCAAAACCUAAAUUAGUAAAACAAAAACAAUCUUUAUGUGAUGAAGAUGCAGAAGAAGAUAGAGAUAAAGCUACUGACAUGAAAGAUUUGGUUAAUAAGUUACCUCAAUUUGAUGUUUGCAGUGGUUCAAAAAGAUAUAGAUAUAAAAGUAAUGAAAUUAAACAAAGAUCCAUGAAUGAAGAACUUAUGUCAGUGGAAAGGCUCAAGGAAAAAGAAAUUGUACAAAAGAACAUUCAAAGACAAGCAUCAUUAAACGAAGAGCUAAUGUAUAGCACACGUACAUUAGAAUCCAUUAAAGAUACAUUACAAUUGCUCAAAACAGGAUUUACAAAAACAUUUAAAAAUCCAUCCAGUCAGGUAUCUGACAACAUUAAAAGUGGACUUAGUAGAAUGCUAGGGUAUAAGGAAGGUUGUGAAGAAAAGGUUAGUGAUGAAAAAAAAAUAGAAAUGCCAGUUCCCGCAUUGGUGACAACAACGUGUUGUGACGGACGUAGAAGUUCCCGUGAAGAUGGUUCUUCAGAAGAUUCGUCUAAAGACAGUUUACAGAGUGAUGCUAGUGUUGAUUCUGAAGACAGUUUGAGUAGUUUAGCAUCUGUUAUCUUUGUAAAUGCGACCGGUGGAUCUGACAAGACAUGUUCACCACCAUUAGUCGAACAACAAGCACGAACAGCUCCGUGCACACCCACUGCUAAAUCUCAAAGUCAAUACAGGUCAUCUUCACAUCCAAAUACGCCAAAAACAGCACCUAUUCACCCAUCUCAUUUUAAAUUACCAACUAGGUUCAACUCUCAAAAUGGAAAUGAACAAUAUCAGUUAAAUUUAUCAACAGAACAACAAGUAGAUGAUAUUUUGAAGCCUAUUAAAUUAUCACCAGUAAAAACAGCUAUAGAAAUGAAGCUUAAAAGAGAACAAGAAAAGGAUCAAGAAUUAGAACGUAGAGAUCAUGUUUGUGAAGGUGGAGAUCAUAAUGCGCGGCCUAAAGAAAGAAUUAGUGCAGAAAAGCUUAAACAAAUUCAAGAUCUUCUUUUAAAUAAUAAACCAGUAACUGGGCGUAAUCGUCUACCAAAAGCAGAUCGAACUUUUUCUGGUUUACGAGGUAGACACUUCAUUAAAACAGUUGAAGAAACAUUUCAUCCAGAAAUAGACGAUAUAGAUAGUGAUGUGGAAUCGUCUUCCUCUGAUUCUGUAAGCAGUGUUAUAAGUGUAGUGGUGGACGACGAACGCAAAAUUACAGAUAUUGAGUUUGAUAAACCUUUCGAUGCAGAAACUUCUGCGAGACCUGAGGAUGGAAUUUUAAUGGAAUAUAAUAAUUUAGAACAAGCUUGUUCUUCAGAAUCUAUAGUAAUUAAAAUAAAUUUGAACAAUAAAGAAGACCUUAGCCCUAAAGAUGAUUCUAGCUCGAAUGAAGAGCCUAGUUUAAAAGAAAAUUCCAGUCCAAAAGAAGAUCCCAGUCCGAAAAAAGAUCUCAGUCCGAAAGAAGAUCCCAGUCCGAAAGAAGAUCUCAGUCCGAAAGAAGAUCCCAGUCCGAAAGAAGAUCCCAGUCCAAAAAAAGAUCCCAGUCCAAAAAAAUAUCCCAGUCCGAAAGAAGACUUCAGUCCGAAAGAAGAUUCCAGUCCGAAAGAAAAUCCUAGUCCGAAAGAAGAUCCCAGUCCGAAAAAAGACCCAAGUCCGAAAGAAAAUCUCAGUCCAAAAAAAGAUCACAACCUAAAAGAAGGUCCUAUUCCAAAUGAAGACCAUAACCUUAAAGAAGAUCAACCAAAUCAUACUAACCGAUGGAGUCUGCAAGAACAUCCAAACAAAGGGACGGCAGUUCGAAAUAGUCCAAGUCUCGGUUCGAUUCAAAAACAUAAAAAGGCCAGUAAGUGUUCUAAGGACGAGCUUUCAGAUUUGCCAGAAACGUGGGACGAGGAAUGUCAAAAACAUCUCGUGGACUUCGCUGAAAGAUUAAACAAAGAACUGCGGGCUGCAAUAGGCAUGGAGCCAACAGAAGAUCCAAAGAAGGUAUGUGAUGAUGUAGUAGACAAACCUGAAAAGGUUGAGCUAAUGCAGUAUCUGCACCAGCUGAUGCGACCCGAUGAAAUAUUAUCGGACCCGUCGUCUUCCGACGGACAGCUAGAGGACGAACAAUUGGACUACCAUCGGAUUGAAAUACUAGCCGGGUCCGAGGCACCUCGCCGGCCCAGCAUUUCCGUCGAAACACAAGACUCUGUGGACAAGGUCUUACGAAGCCGGGAGGGGUUCCGAUCGCGGCUGUAUCGUAAGUCAGUUGAAUCAGCCGAAGACCGGCACGCGUCUUUAGAAUUGGAAUGCGACUCAAGACGCGACACGGUUUCCAGCAGCCAGGUAUCGCUUCUCCGACCUGGUAACUCACUUGAAUCUAAUGACACUGCAGACACGCACACCACUACGCAAAGUACGACUUCGCUAACAUCCUGGAGUGACUGUAGUAAGGACACGAGGUUCGCGGAUCGGAGACAAGCGCGAUGCGAUGGCCGAUCGUCAUCGGAAGAGACAGAUCCUAGAAGGGCCGCCGUCCUGGUCCGUCAACACGCAGCUGUUGAAAUCCAAGAAACAUCUAAGAGCGACGACAUUAGCAGCUUAUCCACUUCACAAGAAUCUCUGUCUGAACACGGUGGCGGAUCUAUAACGUUCCACAGGUACUAUCAUGUAUUUAGGGAAGGUGAACUCGACCAACUGAUCGAGAAACAUGCCGAUAAUUUACAUAUAAUUUCUUCAUAUUACGACCAAUCGAAUUGGUGCGUUAUCGCCGAAAAGGUACAAGUUUGGACUAUUUAGUGAUACAUUAGAAAAAAAUAAAUAUUUUAAGACUUUGGUUUUUAGAAUAAUUUUAAAACCAUAUAGGUGGAUAUUUAAACAUCAAACCUAUUUGGUUUUAGAACAUGUAAGUCCAACUAUAAUUGUUCAAUAUUAUUGUAGAUUUAUGUCAGUAGCAUAGCUACCAAAAAGGCGACUAAGGUUAUUAAUAAGGUCGUCUUAUGGGGCGUAAACAUUUGUUGAAGGUAAUAAUUUUUAUCAAUUAUGGUGCGAAAAAAAUAUUUUGCCCAUGUGCGCUUUUAUGUGUAACUAUACCACUAAUGUAAUACAUAUAAUAUAUAUAUAUUGUUUUUUGAUGAAAAUUGUACGAAGAUACAUUUUUCAUUUGAU